AUGAGGCUCAAAUAUCCCCAUAUUGCCAUAGGCGCACUUGCAGCUUUGGCACCAGUGCUUCAAUUCGAAGAUCUUGUGCCAGCAGAAACAUAUUAUGACAUUGUCUCCAAUGAUUUCAAGUGUGAGACUAUGAGCUGCUUUAACACUAUAAAAGAUUCAUGGGAUGCAAUAACGUAUGAGGGUCAAAAAAAUGAUGGCCUUCAGCUGCUCAGUAAGAUGUUCCGUUUAUGUCGCUGGUUUAUUGAUUCUGAUUCAAUUAAGGAUGAAUUCAGGGAGCCGGAAAAAGCUGAAGAUCUUUCUGACUGGUUGGAAUCUGCUUACAAUUUUUUGGCCAUGACAGACUACCCAUAUCCUACUGACUUCGUGAUGCCUUUACCUGGAAACCCAAUAAAUGAGGUUAGUGAGGACUGGGUAUACCAUUUCAAAACCUGUCUUGAAGCAUUAACCAAAUGGAUUUACGUUGUUCUGUUCCUUUUCUUGACAUUCCUCUGGUCUAUUCUCAUUUCUUUAUUUCUUUCAUUUGAUGAUUGUUUUUGUUGUUGUCAGGUGUGUAUAAAGAUUGACAGUUGUUCUGAUAGAACCAGCAUUUUGGAGCGCAUAUUUGAAGGAAUAAGUGUCUAUUAUAAUUAUACCGGAGCAGUUGACUGCUUUGACCUGGAUGAUGAUCCUCAUGGCACAGAUGGUUGGAUAUGGCAGUUCUUACUCAGAAAUACAGUGAUAGCAAGGACACAAGCAUGUUUCGUCCAUAUGAUUAUAAUUACACUUCUGACCAAGAGUGGUGCUAGAAGAAAUUCUGUGUCAAACCAAGGCCAGCAUGGAUCACUACAGAAUUUGGGUUUCAAGAGUGCCUUGAAAUUGUUUGGAAGUAAAAUCAUAUUCUCCAAUGGCCUAUUGGAUCCUUGUAGUGGCGGCAGUGUUCUGGAGGAUGUAUCUGAGACUAUUGUUGCCCUUACAGAAAACGCAUUUUGGUUGAACUAUGCUAUUGGUCAUUCUAACACUGCAUUCUACACAUCCUCAUUUCUAGAAAGUGCUACACAUCCUCAUUUCUUGAAAGUGCUACACAUCCUCAUUAGUGUGGACAAGAAUUGCAUAGCAACUCUAUGUAUGCUCGAGGAUGAGAACCACAGAACAUGUUUGGUUACUCAUUGGGCCAUGUAACCUUCUUAUUUUCUGUUUGUAUUAUAGGUCGCAUAGGUGUAACAGGUCUAUCCAAUGUUGCUGCAUUCCUUGAUGGUCAUGCAUCUUGUCCAUUGAAGCAUACGGGCUUGGAGGUGCCCAUCACUUAGAUUUGCGUGCUGCAACUGCCGAGGAUCCUGAUUGGCUGUUGCAGCAGAGAGCAACUGAAAUCAAGCUGAUUGAAGGCUGGUUGAACAACUACUAUCAGGCAAAGAAGGGCAACUUUUGGCGUAUAAAAGUUAUGAUUUUUGGUUAUUUUCUGGUAUAUAUGCCUCUAUCUUUGUGACCUACUCCGCUACUCGAUUCCCUGCUUACAUCGCCAUAUUAUCUUUGUUGGAAGAAUUUUCGGUGCUGUCGUUGAGAAAAACACAACAGCACUGUAUCAAUAACUUUGACUGCUACCAUCUGUUGGGAACAUUUGUAAAUACAA